AUGUCUACCCGACAAGCAGUACGGUCGCUGAGACAGCUCACCAAUGGCCGACCUUUCAGCACAGUCGUGGACGACCGCAUGGCCAUGGCAGCAGCUACAAGCCCUCUGCCCAGAACCGGAAACGUGCUUCAAGAAGCCAUGAGACAGACUGGCCCUAGACACGACUGGUCCAAGGAUGAGAUUCGUGAGAUCUACAAGACUCCCUUGAUGGAGUUGGCACAUCAAUCGGUAUGCACACGUGCUGAAUAUGUAUGUGAGAUGCGUAUGGUUGACAAGCUCACAGNNGGUGUUCUUCACCGCCGAUUCCACUCUCCUUCGUCUAUUCAGAUGUGCACGCUUAUGAACAUCAAGACUGGUGGCUGCUCGGAGGACUGCUCGUACUGCGCCCAGUCUUCCCGCUACAACACUGGCCUCAAGGCAACCAAAAUGUCGCCCGUCGACGACGUGCUCGAGAAAGCCCGCAUCGCAAAGCAGAACGGAAGCACACGCUUCUGCAUGGGUGCCGCUUGGCGUGACAUGAGAGGAAGAAAGACUAGCUUGAAGAACGUCAAGGCCAUGGUCGAGGGCGUGCGCGCCAUGGACAUGGAGGUCUGCGUCACACUGGGCAUGAUUGACCAGAACCAGGCCGAGGAGCUCAAGUCGGCAGGAUUGACUGCGUACAACCACAACGUCGACACCUCGCGCGAGCAUUACCCCACCGUCAUCACCACCAGAUCCUAUGACGAGCGCUUGGAGACUCUGUCCAACGUGCGCAAGGCUGGCAUCAAUGUCUGCUCCGGCGGUAUCCUUGGUCUGGGCGAGAAGCCCGAGGACCACGUUGGUCUGCUUUACACCGUCUCUAACAUGCCUGCCCACCCUGAAUCCUUCCCUGUCAAUGCUCUGGUCCCCAUCAAGGGUACGCCGCUUGGUGACGACCCCAGCCGCAAACGCAUCAGCUUCGACGCCAUCCUCCGCACCAUCGCCACCGCAAGAAUUGUCAUGCCUGCCACCAUUAUCAGAAUUGCCGCUGGCCGCACCACCAUGAGCGAGGCAGAGCAAAUCUUGUGCUUCAACGCUGGUGCCAACGCCAUUUUCACUGGUGAGAAGAUGUUGACCACCGAGUGCAACGGCUGGGACGAGGACAAGGCCAUGUUCGCAAAGUACGGUCUCACUCCCAUGAAGAGUUUUACCAGAGGUGGAUACCGCGAACAGGAGAUGGUUCCCAACUACUUUGACGAGGCCAAGCAGGAACAGGAGCAGACCACUGCUUAA